AUUAAUUCAAUAACUUUUUACUAAAAAUGGAUAGUCUAGUUAAAGAAAGAAAUAAAUCGGAUAUAGUGAUACUAAAAAACUUUGAAGUUUAAUCCUAAAUCAAAUCUUCAAUCUGUUAGUCUAAAUUAUAAUAGUCAAUCUAAAACAUAAAAUAAUUGACAAAGCCAAUAGCAUUACAUGUAGAAUCUUAAAUUUAACCAUUACAUAAACCAGAAUUGGAAACCCCAAUUAAAAAGUCUCAACAUUAAAAAUUAAGUUCAGAUGGACAUUCUACUUAAACAAAAGGAAGUUAAGUAAAAAAUCAAUUUGAUUUUACUUAAAAUUCAGUCUAAAAUAAAUAUGAUAUAAGUUAUUCUUAUAGAAAGAAGGAUAGUUAAAUUAUUAAAGAAACUGAUUACUAAAGAAUCUUUGUAUUAUACCAUCAUUCUUCAAUAGUAUAGAUGAUAAAUACAUUUGAAGAAUGCUUUAAUCUAUUGAUAGAAAAUAGUGGUGCACAUUUAUUAAGAAUACCUACUAAUUUAAUUUUAGAGAUUUUGAGAGAAAGAGAGGAAUUGUAACAUUAAUGUAUUAUGCUCAAAAGAAAAUUGUAUUAGAUAGAUAGAAUAAAAGAAUAAUAAGAAAGAUCUGAAUUAUAGAAUGAAUGAC